AUGUCGGUAUUGCACAGGCUGUCUGGCGUGUCAGCCAGACCCACGCCAACCAUUGUUAUCCAUGGUGGCGCUGGUAUAAUUUCCAGAUCUAAAAUGACGCCAGCUGAAGAAAGGGCAAUUCGUAGAGGGCUUUACCACGCGGCUCUGGAGGGAUACACCGUGCUGCGACGCGGUGAAAGUGCGGUUGACGCAGUCGAGAUUGCCGUACGCUCCUUAGAGAACAAUCCGACGUUUAACGCGGGCAAGGGCUCCAUUUUCAAUAUUGACGGCGUCAACCAGAUGGAGGCCUCGGUGAUAGACGGAUCCAAUGGCAUGGCUGGUGCAGUCACACUUCUCACUGUAGUCAAAAACCCAGUCUCAUUGGCCCGCCGAGUAAUGGAAGGCAACCAGAACCUAUCAAUGUGUGGAUCGGGAGCCGAGAAGUUUGCCAAUAACGAAGGCCUGGAUAUUUUCGACUACUCCCACUUGAUAACGGGCACUGUCGGUGCUGUGGCAAUUGAUGUGUGCGGGCGCUUGGCCGCGGCAACUUUGACUGGCGGCACGACCAACAAGCUGGACAAGUGUCUUGACAACACUUCAGCUAUUGGCGCAGGGACUUGGGCUGACAGCAAAGUGGCUGUCAGCUGCGCUGGAACGAGCAAGAACGCUACCCAUCAAGGGACCUCUCGCUAUAUUGCUUCGCAUGUGGAUAUUCUCGGCGAGAACGCGAGCAAGGCCAGCGCCAUUGCGAUUAACGAGAUAAAAAACUGGGCGGGGAUGGCGGGGUCAUUUGCCUGGACUCCAAGGGCCGAUUUUCGAUGA